GCUAAGGGCUUCCCAGAGAGAACAUCAAUGUAAGGGCUUCCCAGAGAGAACAUCAGUGAUAAAUACGUAUAAAAAAUUAAGACAGUGUAAUGUGGAAAGUGUUACAUAUUUUUAAAUGUCUGCAAAAUGCUAUUUUUUACAGAUACAUUUCAUUCAUGGCUUAUGAAAUUAUACAGGAAUUCCCAAAACAACAUGAAAAUGUCUUGUUUUGGUUCCAUUCAAUCCUAUAAAGGCCAGCAAUAUGACAAACUCAAAAAGGAAGCCAAGCAGAAGGGAAAUCUAUUCAUAGACCUCGAGUUUCCCCCUGAUGAUCGCUCACUUUUCUACUCUCAAGGAAAACUAGCUGAUGUAGUUUGGAAGAGACCAAAGCAAAUCUGUGAAAACCCAAAAUUUUUUGUUGAGGGAACCAGUGCUGGUGAUGUCAAACAAGGUCGUCUGGGAAAUUGCUGGUUUGUGGCAGCAUCAUCUUGUCUGGCCAUUCACAAGGACAUCUGGCAUAAGGUCAUACCUGAUACCCAGGAGCAGGAGUGGGAUGAGAAUAAACCAGACAACUACCAGGGUAUCUUCCAUUUCCGGUUCUGGCGAGACGGUAUAUGGACCGAUGUAGUCAUUGAUGACUUCCUGCCCACAGUCAAUGAUGAGCUUGUCUAUAUACACUCUCAAACCAAAAACGAGUUCUGGAGUGCCUUACUUGAGAAGGCCUAUGCAAAAUUGUUUGGUUGCUAUGAGGCUCUGGAUGGAGGAGAACUAUCUGAGGCCCUGGAGGAUUUCACUGGAGGUGUGUCAGCCACUCUGGACAUGGUCAAACUGAACUAUGCUAAUGAUGCCCAGGAGAGAACUACACUGUUUGCCAGGAUGCAGAAAGAAUCGGGGAGGAAGGCUCUAAUGGCAGCCUCCAUUCCUGCUGAGUCAUCUGAGGAUAUGGAGGCAUCCACCGAUACUGGCCUGGUCAAAGGUCAUGCCUAUGGAGUAACUGCUGUGAAAAAUGUAGCUCUGGAGGGUUCCGGACUUCUCAGCUUUUUCAAGUCAGAGAAAAUUGCCAUGAUACGGCUACGGAACCCGUGGGGAAAAGGCGAGUGGAAUGGUGCAUUUAGUGAUGGAUCACCUGAAUGGGAGAAGAUUCCAAAAAAUGAAAGAGAAAAAAUUGGACUAACUUUUGAAGAGGAUGGAGAAUUUUGGAUGACACUUGAUGAUUACUGCAAAUACUUCAAGCAGACAGCCAUCUGCCGAGUUGUGAAUACAUCCAUGUUUUCACUGAGCAAAACAUGGCAUGAGGGACUUGCUCAUGGGGCCUGGAAAACCCCAGAUAGGGUGGGAGGCUGUAUAAACCACAAAGAGACCUUCACCAAGAAUCCACAGUUUGUGUUUGAUAUCACAGAGAGUGAAGAUGACCCGAUGUUUCACCUGCUCCAAAAAUCCACCCGUUCAGCCUCUGGGGAAGAAAAUAAGACCAUCGGAUUCUCUAUAUUCAAAGUUGAGAAGAAUAGGCGAUACAGGGUUCAUAACCACACCAAGCAGACAUUUAUGGAAUCCAGUGCCUUCAGAAACAGCAGAUCAAUUUUUCUCCAGCCAGCCCUGAAGGCAGGGCGUUACGUGGCUGUUGUAUGCACUUUUGAUCCCAAUAUUCAGGGGGAGUUCCUGUUUAGGAUGUAUUCUAGUUCAGCAAAUAACUUCAAGGCGUUGACUUUGGAUAUGCCAAAAAAGGGGUGUCUGAAUUAUUGCUGCUGCUGCUGUUUUGGAACAGGUGUGAAACUGCUGACACACAUCCAAGUAUUGAAAGCUGAAGGGCUAGAAAGACAGGAUAUUGGGUCAGGAGCUGAUCCAUAUUGCAUAAUAUCUUGUGAGAGAGAGAAAGUGCGAACCCGAACAGUGGAGGACACAGUUAAUCCUGAGUGGAAUGACUCAGCUGUUUUCUACAGAAGAAAUAUGAGAAAGACUCUGAAAGUUCAGAUUUGGAAUAGCAAUGUCAUAAAAGACUCCUAUCUGGGAAAGCAUGUAUUCACAAGUACUGCUGAUUUCAAUGACAAUGUCCAAACAGUGGAACUUGUGGGAAGGGGCAAAAAUGGAGAGAAAAAACCAGGAAAAUUAUACGUAAAGAUUACACAAAGCAGGAACUUUUUAGCUGUUUAGAAAAAAAAAGGAAGUCAAGUGGGAAUUUUUCAGUAGUGCAUGUUAUCUAUUUUUUAUGUCAAGAGGUGACAGAAUUUAGCUAUUGCUUUUGUUGAAAUUUUUCAGGCAAAGGGUUUUGGGAAAUCCAUUUGCAUGUUUUUUGGUUCUCAAAAUGUUUUAUGUUCCCUUGCAAUGGAUAAUUUCAUAAGAAUGUGUUAUGAUAUAUUGUUUUUUCACCUGGUGCCCAAAGUUCACAUAUUUUUUGGAUGUUGCAUGCACACUUUUAAAUCAAUCAUCAGGGCAGACUACAUCAAAGAUGUGGUAGCCCCGUAGGAAUCACAUUCUUUUCUCUCCUUCACUUUCUUAGAGGUGAGAUGUUCCUUUUGGCAACUUUCACUUACAGAUUUCACAUCCAGAAAACAAAGGGUCAGAGGAAAACUUCAUAUUUAGGUUGAUAAGUAAAGAUGAAGGUCGAUGAUGACACUUGGUUUGCAUGACAUGAUGAUGUGUUAUUUUGAUUCAUGCUCCUGUAGAUUUUGUGGCUAAACAACCGUAAUGCUGGGGCCCCAGAUGAUCAGUUGUCUAGUAUUCAUAAUGAUGUACAACUUUUCUGAAGAGACAAGUACAGAGGCGUGUGAAAUAAUGUGUUCCUUUACCUGUGUUUUACAGUCAAACUUGUUCACAACAAGAAUGAUUGGACUAUAAUUAUUACUUUGUCAGUUAAAUAUUGCUUGGUGAUGUAUUUGUUGUAGUCAUUUCAGGCUUACUCACAAGAUUUCUAUGCAAUAAUAUGGUGCAAGAUUUCAUGAUAUUUCUGAAGAGAUCUGCUUCAUUGUGAUGUAUAUAUAUACUUGAUUGCGUUUCCCCCCACCAAUAACAUAUGUCAUUAGUAAAAGAUUUAUUUAUAAGUUAUUUUGUUAGAUUAAUACCUUAUACAUGUACUGUGAAUGAUUUAAUACAAUAUACAUGCACUUUCAUCAUUUUUCAUUGAAUGUCAAGUUUGUUUUCAUGGUUGUACUAGGCCAUGAAAUCCAGUGAUCAAUGACAUAAAGAAAGCACAUAGCCGUCCACAAAGUUUGAUAUUAACGAAACUGUAGUUUUUGACAUGACAAAUCCAUGACAUUUGAUAAAAUCACAGUAAUAAUAAGAAAAAAUAGAGAAAUACCAGCAAUUUAGUAAAAAUAUUCAAAUAUCUAAUUAUUUUGGGACAAUGAAUUAUAUUGGAUCUGUCCCCUCAGAGAUUUCAGUGGUGAGGUGAAAUAUAUGCUCUAUGCUUUUAGUUAGUAUUGGUGUAAUGUUGACAGAUUUGUAUUGUAAAGGGUAAGAAUGAAAUAACUGCCUGAUUGUGUUCAAACUCCAUAGUAAAUGGGAUGAUAGGCGUUUAAGUACUAAGUGUUCAAACUGUGUGUGAUUUUACCUGCAUAUUAGAAAAUUCUGUUUAACAGUGAAUUGUGGAUGCUGUAGUAAUUUACACAGAGCAGGGAGCACAAUCAACAUCUCAAAAAUAACACAUACUGUUUAUCAGGAAAUUUUUGCCUUGUGUUUAAUUCACACCAAGAUGCAUUGGAAAACGAUUUCAUCCCAAUUUGAAUUCACUCCAAACCAUAUAUUACUAGUCUACUUUAUGGUAAUGAGUAAUUCUAAAUUUGCCCAAUUUCAGGGUGAGGGUGAAAUGGGCAGAACUUUUCCUAUACAGUAUUCAUUUGUGUUAUUGUAAGAUUACAUUGUGAUAUUGAGUAAAUUUUCACAUUUACAGUAUCUGAAUUUAUAAAUGAUAUCAAUAUAUUUUGCCUAUAUAUAUAUAUAUAUUAUUGUACCUCUUGUAGAUAUUUACUGUAUCACUUGUACAUGUAUGUUUUGUAGUAAAAGACCUAAGACAAUUUCCUCCUGGGGUGGUUGGAUCCAAUUUAUUCUCUAGGGGGUCAACAUUAUGAACUACAUAAAAAUGGGCAAAAAUAUGUAUUUUUACCAAUCUUGAGGGAAGGGAUGUAUUUUUACCAAUCUUGAGGGAAGCUUAGGAUGUAUUUUUACCAAUCUUGAGGGGAGGGGUGUCCAGGGCAUAUAUAUAUUUAUUUUGUGGCUGUGAAGCUGUAACAUAUUACAGAGAAAUGGAAGCUGUGGCUUCUGAUUGGUUGAGACAAAUGUAAUAUCGUCUCCGCUGGUUGUUCCUACAUUGUGGAUAUCACAGGGUACUUUGACUGGGCUUGUGCAUUUAUUUGCACAAAUACAAAAAAUUGUAAAGGUUAAAACUUGAAUUUUGUUUAUAUCAGCCAGUGGUAUACAUUAAACUGACAAUAUCAAGAAGAAAUUGUUUGAAUUAAGCCAUUAAAUUAUUUAUAACCUUUUAUACAAUGUCGAUACUUCUGACAAAAAUAGAUGGUGAAUUUCAAUUGUUUGCUUGGGCUAUUUUGUGGGCAGAAAUAUUUGUACAUCCUGUCAUAUGUAAGAGCUCAACAAAGGGAAACAACAAUGGGAACUUGGAAAUUGUGUAUUACCGCGCGAGCCCUUCACACACAGGGCAAGACAGAGGGCGAAUAAUAAAGCUUUUUCUGACAUGCUAGUUUGUUAGAGUAUUAGAAUGGUAAGGGACAAUUCUAAAUGAGGCUUAAUUUUGACCACCUCAGACUAAUCAGCAGUUGUUACAUGUAUUUGUUGUUAAGAUUUGUUGUAGAUUAGGUUCGUUAUAGAUAGAUUAGGUUCGUUAUAGAUUAGAUUCAUUAUAGAUUAGGUUCGUUAUAGAUGUUGUAUAUAUUUUGAAUACUAAAUACUCAAUGUAUCAAAUUUAUAAUUAUAUUAUUACAUGGUUGUGUGUAAUUUGUAGUUUGACUCCAUGUCCACAUGUUAAAUAGUACCACAAUUAAGAUCUGAUUUUUCAGCAUUUCUCUGGUUUCUCUGAUGCAUGAUAUUUUGUAUUUCAGUUGGACAUUAAAAUUAUAUAUGUGGCACGCCAAAUUCACAAAAAUGAGCUAAACAUAGUUUCACAGUUGAUAAACUAGGUUUAUCGACUGUAAACUAUAUUUAACGGUUGUAAACUAUAGUUUACAAAUGCUAAUCCAAGUUUAUCUUUCUUUAAAUAAACGUUAACAAUAGAUUUUAUGUCCAAUUUCAGUCAAAAAGCAAAGGAAGAUAUCUUUGGAUAAAUGGGGAUAAUUUAUAAAAAUAAAGGGCCAGACUUUCCUGGGGAUUAGGGGCAGGAAAUAGUGAAUACAAGGUGGGGCCAUUUAAAACUAUAGAAUCAUUGAACAGAAAAUUGCAGAUCUAUGAUGUGGUUUUCAUUAUAUGUUGUUUUAAAUGAUACAAAUUUCAUGAUUCCCAUGAUAUAGAGGGGGGUUUAAACAGGAAUGUAAAGUCCUUUAUUUUUAUAUAAACCUGUGGUUUUUAUUUUAAGUAUAAAAUGUUUAUUCAAUAAAAAGAACAUGCAAUUGUGACAAUUAUAUGCAAAUAUAUAUAUUUCCACUGGUUUUUUUUGUCUUUGACAUCUUCACAAACUGUAGUGAUAACCAUUUUCUCAUGAAUAUGUGCUGCCAUUGUGAACAAUUAGCAGAUGAUUCUUUAUAAAUAUAGUAUGUCUAUUUUAACGGCAGAAAAUUCCGACAGAAAUGAAAGCAGAAUGUUAAUGUAAAAAAUAAAUUUCAUUUUGGAAAAUACUUGAGGAUAUGAUUUGCAACACUUCACACCAGCAUACUUUUCAUAAAGCAUGUUAAUUUCUUAAAGAGGUUCGCAUCUGAGAUUUGGAGUAAUGUCAAUUUUUGGGGGGACUGUAUUUUUGAUUUCUACAUUGAAGGAGAAUUAGGAAAUUAAAAAGAAAAACUGGGGUCGCAACGCUUGUUAUAGAGCUACAGUGUUCUAAACAUGACCUUUUUGCAUUGAAAAUUUAUUCAGUUAAACUUGAUUUGUCUGUUGGUGUCAACACAACAUAAGCAACACAAAUCAAUCAUUACAUAGAAUAGAUACAUAAUUAUGUCUUCCAACACUACAGAUUUUAAAAAAAGUUUAGUACUAGUAAUGGAAAUAAAUGACCUUUUUGCACUUGAGAUACGAAAAAUUUCAUGAUAUCAAAUUUGAGAGUUUACAAGGACAUAUUGGGAGUAAUGCCAUUUUCUAAAAUUUCACAUAAUUUUCAAGGUCUUGUCUUAAAAUUUAAAAUGGAACUUCAAAAAGUGGGGGUUGGAGACCAAAUUUUUUAAACUAAUGGCGAAAAUACUGAAUUUUUAUACAAAAUUUUUAGUAAAUUAAUUCAAACAGAAAUUGUAAUAUCAUGCAGAUUUAGAACUUUUUGAUUAAUCAAUCCUUCCGCCACUAAAUAUAGUCCCUACAAAACCCUUUCAAAAUUUGAAUUGACACAAAGUUUUUCAACUGGAUAGGGUUCAGUAAUAGAAUUUUGGUGUCUGGGUAGCGUAGUGGUUAACGCACUCGCUUCUCACUGCUGCAACCCGCCAGAGUUCGAUCCCCGUGAUCGACAGUGGUUGUAUGUGAGAGGGUAUGGUGGUCGCCCAUCCACUCGGAUACGUGGGUCUCCUCCAGGUACUCUGAUUUCCUCCCACUCAAAGGCCCCCUAGUGCAAACAUUUGUGCAAGUCGGUAAAUCACUAGUAUUUAGCUAAUGUUCAUUGUUGUUUAUGUAUAUCCGACUUUAAAAAUAAAGAUUAUUAUUAUCAUUUAGAUGUGUGAUAUGUUUGAACCAAUGGGAUCAGUAAUACUUAGUUGUAGCAUCCUGCACAGUUGUGCUCAGGAGCUGACUUUCAUAAGUAUCUAGUGUCUUUAAAUUAUAGCCCCUUAGGUAAGAGUGGGGCCAAAAUAAGGAGGGUAUAAACUUAUAAUAUGUAACACGUGGGAGAAAUAUAUCUUCUCAACAAUAAUAAGGCUGUUAGUUUAUGAAAACAAAUUGUAAGUAUCCUAAUUUCCUGUACAGUUGUCCAACUACAGAUCCUCUUUUAUUUGGGUCACAGGGAGGGGGCCCAAGGUUGUAGGAGAUUUUUAUUUGGGUCACAGGGAGGGGGCCCAAGGUUGUAGGAGAUUUUUAUUUGGGUCACAGGGAGGGGGCCCAAGGUUGUAUGAGAUUUGUUUCAAAAGCACAAGAUGACUCGGGUGAGCAAUGUAAUCUGUGAUGAAGAACUGUUUUUAAUGCUUUUGCAAACUUGAUGUAUUUUAUUUCAAACACAAAAGACAUUAAUUAAUAUUAUUUAUAGUUAAUUUUAUAUACAGCUAAAUCACUUAUCUUUAUUUUAGCCCUUGGCUGGUUAGUGCAUUAUAUAUAUUAUAGUUGUGGUGUUUUUCUAUAUAAUGCAGGGUAUGUUUUUUAUGGUUUAUUAUGCUUUUCAUAGUAAAUAUUAAAAUUUUGUAUUUUA